AUGAAAGGGGUCCUCGCGUUGUGCUUUCACGUGAUGCUGCUCAGCUUUCAAGCGAAGGCCUGGCAAGCGGUACGGAAUCCGUUCGAGUUCAUCAAGCCACCGGAGAAGAUACACCCAGUGACAGAUUGCAUGCACGUCACAUCGGAAGAGGGUGAAUUCUUCUUCAAGAAAACGGCACCGAUAGUCGCAGCCCCCAAGCAUGGACGACUUAUCGACAUCCUGAGCGUGGCCCCGGUCAUGGACGUGUGUGGGUUGUAUUUCGUGACUGACCCGGACAAGAUAGUGGAAGUCAGCAUCAAGCACGUCGACGUUAAUUGCGAUUUGGGCGGGCUGAUGUCCUUCGUCGACGGGUGGGAGCUGAAUGGAAUGUACUUUCCCACGGAGCACGAUCAUCCCAAGAGCAUGGAGCAACGGAUCGAGGAGUUCUGCAACGAUCCCAAGCUGUGGCCAUUCAAACCGGUUCGGAAAGCAUUUCGGUCCAGUCAAAAUGCGGCUCUGGUACAGUACCGGAUACCGAUCAGCGGUUCGUUUGUGGUUUCGGUUCGGUACAUCCAUAAUCCCGACCCUUGCAACAUUAUGGCAGAAGGAGUAGCUCCAUUUUAUACACUGAAAAAUCACGGCCAACAUCGGAACUGCUCGCUGACGGCAGUCUUUCCAGCGGUGAUGUCAGUCGUUGGAGUAGAUGUGGGCGAACGCAAGGAUGGCGUCAAUUAUGAUUGCGAUCGACCGGGCUCGGCGGAUAAACUGGACAUUGGCGGUUCGACUGGGCUGGACUCGACCAGCAUGGACCUAUCGAGCUCGGUAUGUGGCAAAAGCGGUGAGCUCGGUCCGGAGCAGGCAAUUUUUUGCGGCACAUCGACGGCUCGGCUCAUUUCCAGCGGAAGAUACGCAAACCAGGCGAUGAUUGCCGUUCGGUUAGCGGACGAAAGCGACAUCCCGCUGGCCACCGUUCUCUGUGACAUGAGGCGGAAGAAGAGGAAGUAA